AUGAGUAGAUCUACUGGUUAUGAUGAUAGUGCUGGUGGUGCUUCUGAGAAACUCUCCCAUAGAAGGCAGAACAAUGCGGAAGAAGUUGACAUCUUAAAGCAACGUGAAAAUGAGGACACUUCGAAAUUGAAGCCAGCUCCUCGGACCAGUGCUAUACUGCGUAUAGAGUCCAUUGCUAUGCCAAUUGUUUUUACCGGCCUGGCGUUUUUCCUGAGAAUGUACAAGAUCGGCAUUAACGACCAUGUUGUUUGGGAUGAAGCACAUUUUGGUAAGUUUGGAUCAUACUACUUGAGACAUGAGUUUUAUCAUGAUGUUCAUCCUCCUUUGGGCAAAAUGUUAGUCGGAUUAUCGGGUUACUUGGCCGGGUACAAUGGAUCGUACGAUUUCAUUUCAGGCGAGCAGUAUCCGGAUUACGUCGAUUACAUCAAGAUGAGAUUAUUCAAUGCUGCGUUCUCCGCUCUAUGUGUUCCAUUGGCGUAUUACACUGCAAAGACAAUUGGAUUUUCACUUCCUACCGUAUGGUUGUUCACAAUUUUAGUUUUGUUUGAAAAUUCUUUUACCACUCUGGGGAAGUUCAUUUUAUUAGACUCCAUGCUUUUAUUUUUCACUGUGGCAGCUUUCUUCUCAUUUGUCAUGUAUCAUAAACAAAGAUCCAGACCUUUUACCAGAAAAUGGUGGAAGUGGAUGUUGUUGACCGGUAUUACACUAGGCUGUGCUAUUUCGGUCAAAAUGGUCGGUCUGUUGAUUAUUCUUACUGUUGGUUUUUACGUAGUUGGUGAACUAUGGAUUUUCUUAGGUGACAAAAAAAUGUCAUGGAAAACCUACAUUCAGCAUUGGCUAGCAAGAAUUAUAUGUUUGAUAAUAGUGCCAUUCUUGGUCUUUUUACUGUGCUUCAAAAUCCACUUUGAUUUGCUAUCACACUCCGGUACGGGUGAUGCCAACAUGCCAUCGUUAUUUCAAGCUGGUUUAGCAGGAUCAGAAGUAGGUUUAGGUCCACGUGAUAUCGCAGUUGGAAGCUCCCUCGUUUCAAUAAAGAAUCAAGCUUUAGGAGGAUCUUUGCUACAUUCUCAUGUGCAAACUUAUCCAGAAGGCUCGAAUCAACAACAAGUUACGGCUUACGGUUACAAAGAUACUAAUAAUGAAUGGUUUUUUGAUAGAAUCAGAGGGUUACCUCACUAUGAGAAAUCGGAAAAUGAAACCGAAUUUGUAACAGCUGGCAACCAAUAUAGAUUACUUCACAACAAUACACAAAGAAAUCUUCAUACCCAUCCUAUUCCUGCUCCUGUAUCAAAAUCUGCUUGGGAAGUUUCGGGCUAUGGUAACGAACUUGUUGGUGACGAUAAGGACCAUUGGAUUGUCGAAGUUGCUGCUCAACACGGAGAGGAAGAUGCUUCUAAAUUGCAUCCUUUGACGACAUCAUUCCGUCUUAAAAAUGCAGUACUCGACUGCUAUUUAGCUCAAACCGGAAACCAUUUACCUGAAUGGGGAUUCAGACAAUCCGAAAUCGCUUGUAUAAAAAAUCCAUUUAGAAGAGAUAAGCGAACAUGGUGGAACAUCGAGAGUCAUGUAAACGAAGUUCUUCCACCAAGACCAGAUGACUUUAAGUAUCCAAAGACUAAUUUUAUUAAAGAUUUCAUUCAUUUGAAUUUAGCAAUGAUGGCAACAAAUAAUGCACUAAUUCCCGAAAGUGACAAGUUGGAUGGCUUAGCUUCUUCUGCUUGGCAAUGGCCUACAUUGAAUCUGGGAUUGAGAUUAAAUGGCUGGGGUGAUGACAGCAUUAGAUAUUUCCUUCUGGGUUCGCCUUUCUCUACAUGGCCUUCUUCUGUUGCAGUAAUCGGCUUUGCUGUAUUUAUUAUUGUCUUAGUAUUGAGAUGGCAAAGGCAGUACUCUGAUUUGACUGAUCCACAGGACUUGAAUACAUUUUUGAUUGGUGGUGUAUUUCCAAUGCUCGCAUGGGGGCUACACUUUACACCUUUUGUUAUUAUGUCAAGAGUUACUUACGUUCAUCACUAUCUACCAGCAUUAUAUUUUGCUUUGUUGGUUUUAUCCUACAUGUUUGACGCUGGAAUGAAGAGUUGGUCCAAAUCCAAAUGUGGUCACGUCAUGCGACUAUCAAUAUACCUAACAUAUUAUGCCAUCGUCAUUGGUGGUUUCCUAUACUUUUCUCCAAUCUCUUUCGGUAUGGAAGGGCCUGUGGCUGACUUUGAAUAUCUGGAUUGGUUACCUGGCUGGUAUAUAUCCAAUAAGAACAAAUAG